AUGGCCACCGCAGUCACAUGCAAGUCGCUUGUCUACGAGAAGCCGGGGGACCCCGUAGAGGUCCUGUCGCUGAAGGAGAGUCCAGUUCCCUCCCCAUCCUCGCUUAAGGAUGGGCAGAUCCUGAUCAAGCUCAUUGCGUCGCCCAUCAAUCCGUCAGACAUCAACACGGUGGAGGGCAAGUACCCGCUGCAGCCCGAGCUGCCUGGGACCCCUGGCAACGACGGUCUGGGCAGGGUGGAGGCAGUGGGCCCCAAGGUGUCAGGCCUGAGCCCCGGCGACCAAGUGGUCCCGGUGGCGGCCUGCCCAGGCACGUGGCGCUCCCACGCCGUGGCGGCUGCGAGCAACUGGCUGCGCGUACCCCCCACGCUCUCCCCCGAGGCGGCCUGCGCGCUGUCCAUCAACCCCCCCACCGCCCUCCUCAUGCUCCGCGACUACGUGGAUCUGGCGCCCGGGGACGUGGUGAUCCAGAACGGCGGCAACAGCGCCGUGGGGCGGCUGGUGAGCCAGCUGGCCGCCCGUCGCGGCCUGCGCGCCGUCAGCGUCGUGCGUGGCCGUGGCGACGCGGCCGCCGACGCCGAGCUGGCGCGGGAGCUGGAGGGCCUGGGCGCCGCGCUGGUGACCACCCCGGAGCGACUGAAGGCCGACCUGGCGGCCGCCGGGCUGCCCCCGCCCCGCCUGGGGCUGGACUGCGUUGGGGGGGAGGUGGCCCUGGCCCUGGCCAAGACCCUGGAGAAGGGGGGCACCUUGGUGACCUAUGGCGCGAUGAGCAAGCAGCCCCUGGCCAUCCCCGCACCCCUCCUCAUCUUCAAGGAUCUGCGGUUCAGGGGCUUCUGGGCCUCGGGAGGCUUCUCAAAGGAUGAGGAGGGUCUGGCGAGGAAGAGGGAGGUCCUGAAGGAAGUCGCAGACCUCUUCGAGGAGGGUGCCCUGGACGCUCCCAAAUUCAAGAGGGUGGCGCUGGAGGACUGGAAGGAGGCGCUGGAGUCCAUCAAGGACGGGAGGCUCAACUCCAAGCUCGUCUUCUACCAGGACAACGGCAUCUGGCUGGCCGAGGAGGAGGAGGGGUCAGAGGGUAGCAAACAAAGCGACGGCACCCAAGCGGCUGCAGCAGAGGGCACGCAGGAUGAGCCCGCCUCGGAUGUGCCAGCGACGCCAUCGCCACUGGAAGACAUCUUGGGGGUUCAGCCCGGGGACCUUGGCUGGGCCCCGGGCCCGGGGUCGCUGGCGCCCCUGACCAACAACGCCCCCGUUUCCAAGACGCAUGGCGCCCCGCUCUGGGUCUCGAGCAACCCUGUCCCCGAUCUGGCCCGGCGCUGGGCGGCGCUGGCCCCCGGCCUCGCCCGCACCUGGCCCUUCGAGCUGGAUGUCUUCCAGAAGGAGGCCAUUGUGCACAUGGAGGCGGGGCGCAGCGUGUUUGUGGCUGCCCACACCUCCGCGGGCAAGACGGUGGUGGCCGAGUACGCGCUGGCGCUGGCCAGCCGCCACGCCACACGCGCGGUGUACACAAGCCCCAUCAAGACCAUCAGCAACCAAAAGUUCCGUGACUUUGGCGCGGAGUUUGACGUGGGCCUGCUGACCGGGGACGUCCAGAUCAACCCCGACGCCUCCUGCCUCAUCAUGACCACCGAGAUCCUGCGCAGCAUGCUCUACAAGGGCGCCGAUGUCGUUCGCGACAUUGAGUGGGUGGUCUUCGACGAGGUCCAUUAUGUCAAUGACGCGGAGCGUGGGGUGGUGUGGGAGGAGGUGAUCAUCAUGCUCCCGCCCCACGUCAAGCUGGUCCUCCUCUCCGCCACGGUGCCCAAUGUGCUGGAGUUUGCCGACUGGGUGGGCCGGACCAAGCGCCAGGUCAUCCACGUGACGGGAACCACGAGGCGACCCACCCCGCUGGAGCACAGCCUGUACCACGGCGGCCAGCUGCACACCAUCUGCCGGGGCGAGGCGCAGGAGCAGGCGCUGGUUGAUGCCUAUGCGGCGGACGGCUGGCGGGGGGGGGCACGCGAGAAGGGGAGACCCCUGCAGGAGAUCCAGCGCGCCAAGGACCAGAUCCGGAGGUGCCGCGAGAUCGUGCGGGAGUGUGUCAGGACCUGCGAGGAGGCAGAGGGAGACACCCCAAUCCCAGCCAGCUGCUUUGAUGAGGAGGGGGAGCUCGACUCGGACGCCAUCUUCUGCGCUAAGUGCGGAAAUCGGGAAGCUGACGACGACAACGACAUCGUUCUGUGCGACGGUCCUUGCAACCGAGCCUACCACUGCAAGUGCAUCGUGCCGCCCCUGGACGUCAGCACCCUGACAGAGGAUGAGGGCUGGCUGUGCCCUGCCUGCGACCACAAGCUGCUGCACACCACCCCUCAGACGCUGGACUUUACCUCCUCCAGCGAGAAGAGCGAGAUCCACCUCUUCUGCGAAAAGUGCUUUGCCAGGCUGACGGGGACGGAUCGGCAGUUGCCCCAGGUCUUACGGGUCACGGAGAUGCUGAAGAGGGGGCUGGGGGUGCACCAUGCGGGCCUGCUGCCCAUCGUGAAGGAGGUAGUGGAGAUGCUGUUCUGCCGCGGCAUCAUCAAGGUUCUGCUUGCCACAGAGACGUUUGCCAUGGGGGUGAACGCCCCCGCCAGGACGGUCGUCUUCCAGUCGCUUCGUAAGCACGAUGGUCACAGCUUCCGGCCACUGCUCUCCGGUGAGUACACCCAGAUGGCGGGCAGGGCCGGCCGGCGGGGGCUGGAUGCGGUGGGCACCGUCAUCGUGGCCGCCUGGGACGAGCUGCCGCAGGAGGGCGACAUCCGCCGCCUGCUGACGGGCUCAGCCACGCGACUGGAGAGCCAGUUCCGCCUGACCUACUCCAUGAUUUUGAACCUCCUGCGCGUGGAGGACCUCAAGGUGGAGGACAUGCUGCGGCGCUCCUUUGCCGAGUUCCAUGUCCAGAGGCGGCAGCCCGAGCUGACGGCGGUGCUGGAGGAGGGGCAGGAGGCCCUGAGGAAGCUGCGCGCCCGCUCCUGGCCACGCUCCCCGCUGGGCACGACGCGCGAGGCGGUGGAGGCAUACUACGACGUGUGCGCCGAGGUGGCGCGACUGGACUCCCUGGUGCAGGGGGAGGUGGCGCAGAGCCGCGCCGCCGCGGCAGCGCUGGCCCACGGCCGCCUGGCGCUGGUCACCCACCCCGGCUCGGGCCUGGUCGGCCUGGGGGUGGUGGUCGAGGGCGGGGCGGGCGGCGGCCGCGCGGCGCCGGGGCCGCGCCCGGCCGGCGGUGGUGCGGAGGCGGAGGGUCCCGCCCGCACCAUGCUCAUGCUCUACUCCCCUGGACCCCGAGACGAGUACGCCGGGGCGGGGGAGGUGCAACGAGACACUGCCGAACCUGCACCGGCUGCGCAGCCGGCGCCCCCUCCCGGCCUGAAGCUGAUGGGCAAGAAAAAGAACGACGACGACGACCUGCUGCUCAUGGGCAAGGGUGGGAAGAAAGGAGGGAAGAAGAAGCCGGUGGCAGCCCUCGCUACCCCGGCCCUCGUGCUGCCCCACCGCGGCAGCGUCGCUGGCGCGCAGUACCUCAUCGCGGAGGUACCGCUGCGCUGCAUCACCGGCAUCUGCCGCCAGCGGCUGGCGGACGUGGACGGCCCGGGGGUGUUGCACGGCACGCCCGCCGCGCUCUCCACGGCCGUCUCGGCGCUGCUCCGUGCCCAGGCCGAGGCCGGGCCGUCCGGCGAGCCUGAGACGCUGGACCCGGCCACAGACUUGAAGCUCCAGAGCUACGAGGUCGUGAGGGCCGCCAGGGAGCGAACUGUGCUGGCCGCUCAGCGUGGCCUGAUGGCAGCCCACUCCGAUCCCCUGCUGCCAGAGAUGUAUGCCAUGAUCCGCAGCGAGAAGGUGCUGACCCAGCGCCUAUCUGUCAUGGUCAAGCGGCUGAGCAACGACAGCCUGGCCCAGCUGCCCGAGUUCCACCAGCGCGUGGGGGUACUGCAGCGCCUGGGGUACCUGGACGCGGAUCGCAUGGUGACCCUGAAGGGGCGGGUGGCCUGCGAGCUGAAUUCCGGGGACGAACUGGCCGCCACCGAGCUGGUGUACGGCGGCGUGCUGACGGACCUGGAGCCCGAGGAGGCCGUGGCCCUGCUCUCGGCCCUGGAGAAGACGCAGGCGGAGGUGACCCUGCCGCCACGCUUGGCAGAGGCUAGGGACCGGGCGAUGGACCUGGCAGAGGCGGCCGGCGUCCUGCAGGCGGAAGCCGGCCUGCAGCUGGAACCCGUGGAGUGGGCGGCCUCGGUGCUCCGCUUCGGGCUCGCAGAGGUGGUGUACGAGUGGGCACGGGGGACCCCCUUUCACUCCAUCUGCGAGCUGACAGACGUCAUGGAGGGGACCAUUGUCCGGGCCAUCGUCCGCCUGGAUGAGACGUGCAGGGAGUUCCGGGAUGCAGCCAGGAUCAUGGGGAAUGUGGACCUUUUCAAGCAGAUGGAGGCCGCGUCGGAGUGCAUCAAGCGCGACGUCAUCUUUGCUGCAUCCCUGUACGUCACCUGA